AUGACUCCGAAUCAGUACGAGGGCAGGGAGGUGCACACGCCGGCAAGGACACCUGCGAUGGAGGACGCGCACUAUCACGACGAGACGGCACUGCGUCUUGACGCCACGACACCGGAGGCUGAAAACAAGAAGGAUGACGAAGACAUCCCGCUGGACAAGAAUGGCCGCCCCAUGGUCAAGUUUUUCCGGUGGCGCAUGAGCCGAAAGAGGCGGUGGUGCAUUAUCAUCGGUCUGAUUUUGCUAUUCCUCAUUGCUGCGCUGCUCAUCGUAUACUUCGUCGUCAUCCCUGCUGUCAUUCGGCACUACAUGGACAAGGUGGCGCUCACCAUCAACUACAUGGACGUCACUAGCAUCCCGAGCGACACGGAGAUCGACGUGACCUUCAGUGUGAACCUGCAGUACGACGUACCAGUUUCUGCCACUACUGACCCGGUGACAGCAUCGUUGAUUUACGACGGAGUGGAGUUCGGCACUGCGGGAGUCGUGGGUCAACACAUUGAGUCGGGCGAGCAGAACUACAACCUGACUAUGAACACGACCAUGGUGAUAUUGGACGCUGAGGCAUUCAACGCGAUGUCGGAGGCCAUGAUGCAGGAAGAGACCGUGCCAAUUACAAUGUCAGCAAAGAUCGACGCUCAUGCUUGGGGUCUGCCGUUCAACAACAUCAAGUUCGAGCGCACGCUGUCGCUGGUGGGUUUCAACAACUUCGCUGAGCUAGACCCGGAGGUGCAGCACAUCGACUUGUGGGGGUGCAGCGACGGAGUGUACGAAAUGGACGUCAACGCGUCGAUCAACAAUCCGUCAGCCAUGGGGCUGCAAGGUAUCGGCGCACUGAACAUGAGUGUAUACUACAACGACAGCUACCUUGGAUAUGCGUACUCAGAGAAGCCGGAGCUCGGAAUGCCGCGAGGACUGAGCAACCAGAGCGCGGGUGGUGUCACGGUGAACGUCCGAGGCGACAACCCGUACUCGACGGAGUACACGCAAUUCAAGGAAGCCAUGAGCAAGGUCAACAUGAGUGUGGAGUACGACGACGGACUCAACAAGGUCUCCUUCAACACUUCGUGUGUGUCCAGCUUCCUGACGGUGCUGGGCUACUAA